CAUUUUUUUUCCUCAACUAUUCGUAUUUUUUUUUCGUGCUCAUUUUACAAUGACUGAAGCACAACCUAAAGUAGUUUCUUCCUCUGAGAGCAGUGAUUCACAGGGAUCAAUCAAUGAUCCUCAUUAUGUUCAUCACUCAGAUAGUCCAACCAUGGUGCUUGUUACACCUCUUCUAUCUGGCGAUAAUUAUGGCACAUGGAUUCGUGCUAUCACUAUGGCUUUGCGUGCCAAAAACAAAUUGGGUUUUGUAGAUGGCACCUUGAUUAAACCAGAUUCACCUACUGAUCUUCCUCAAUGGGAGAGAUGUAAUGAUCUUGUCUGUUCAUGGAUUCUCAAUUCUGUUUCGAGUGAGAUUCGUAGCAGUAUUUUAUAUGCUGAGACUGCGAGGGAGAUUUGGUCAGAUCUUUCGGAGCGAUUCUCUCAAUCCAAUGCACCACAAAUUUAUCAGUUGAAGCAGUCAAUUUCUUCUCUCAAACAAGAGAACAAUAUGUCUGUUUCUGCAUAUUUUACAAAGCUCAAGUCAUUAUGGAAUGAGCUCAAUUCUCUUGUAAGUAUCCAACCAUGCACAUGUGGACAUGGGAGAACUACUGCAGAAAAAUUGCAACAAGAUAGGGCGAUGGAAUUUUUACAAGGCCUUCAUGAACGAUAUGCUGCACUUCGUAGCCAAAUACUUCUCAUGGAACCUUUUCCUAGCACAACCAAAAUUUAUUCACUCGUUCGUCAAGAAGAAAAACAACAAGAGAUACAUUCUUCAUUAUCCUCAACUCCAGAUGCUGCAGCUUUUACCACCAAGCCCACAAAUCGUGGUGGCCAACUCAACCGUAAGCCACGCUACCAUUGUGAUCAUUGUGGCCGUGACGGUCACACUAAAGAUCGCUGCUUCAAGCUUGUUGGGUAUCCUCCAAAGAAGAGCGAGGCUCCUGUUAAAACCACUAAAGCUGAAGAUUGUGCCAUGGUGUCACCACCACCCAUCACCCAAGAGCAGUACAACAAAUUACUUGCUAUGCUCUCUUCAGGUAGCAUAAAUUCUAGUGUUUCUCUAGCAGGACCUGUCAACGAAGAGGACGAUUGGGCAGGGUAAUGUUCAUGAGGGGCUAUACUGUUUUCAGGCUGCUUCGGCAAUGGCAGUUACUAAAAACUCUUCCAUUGAUUUAUGGCAUUGGCGACUUGGACACAUAUCUUAUCGUACUUUGCAUAAUUUAGCUAAGGAUAUUCCUUUCAUUUCUUGUUCAAAUAAUUCUGCUUGUAAAAUUUGUCCUCAAGCCAAACAAGCACGUUUGCCAUUUU